CGUGCGCAGCAGACUGCUCGCUUGCGCUUCGAUCCUCACAGUGCCAGGGUCGCCGCCCAUUUCUGCUGCACUGCGGUGGACUCUUGUCCCGCACAACUGGAAAACCUGACGAUUCACCGUUCCCCGUACUUGCACAUCCAACGACAUCGUACAUUGCUGCAUCGCAUAUCGCCGCCACAGAACAAGAGUGUGGGGUUUCCUCGCCCGCUUGCGCACUCCAAGAUCCAUCUUGCUGGUCCAUCAUGCUGGGCCCAACUUGCUCCGGACUCGCUGGCCAUUGAAAGAGCCCUCAUUUCACCAUACCCCCUCACGAUUGCGCUCUCCCGUGAUGCUAUCCAGCUACCAUCGUGCAGCCCCGGCUACGCACGAUGA